CCGAAAGCUGGUCACACCGACGAGAACGCUGUGCAGUAUGCCGCUGAUAACAGCCUUCGCCUUCAUCCUGCGCAGGCGGAGCUGAUCGACUUGACCAAAAGUCUGCCCUGGGGUGGCAUGAUGGGAGACAGAUGCGAGCUCCAGUUUUUUCAGCUUCUACUUAGGGCAAUAAAUGCGAAGAAAUAUCUCGAAAUCGGUACUUACACUGGGUGCAGCGCAAUGGCUGCUGCGUUGGCGCUGCCCCCUGACGGCAAAGUGGUUACUCUGGAACUUCACGAGUGCCACGUGGAUAUCGGUCGGCCUUUCUGGGAGAAGGCGGACGUGGAUCAAAAGAUUGAGACUAGGAUCGGGCCAGCCAAAGAGACGCUGGACGCAUUAAUAGCGGAAGGCCAAGCCGGAACAUUCGACUUUGUUUUCAUCGACGCGGACAAGGAUGAUUGCGACGUCUACUACGAGAAGAGUUUGCAGCUGGUCAGAAAGAACGGCAUCAUUGCUAUUGACAAUGUCUUUUGGAUGGGGUACGUCUACGGUACCAUCGACGAUCCUUACUUCGAGAAAGGAACGGUGGCGCUGCGAGCACUCAAUCGAAAACUGCACCGAGAUGAUCGCAUUCAUCUGUGCAUGCUCACCUUGGCCGAUGGUGUGACGUUGGCACUUAAGAAAUAG